AUGGAGGUUUCCAUGCGUAUGUUUUCAACUCUCUUUGUCACCCUCCUCCUCCUUUUGGCUACUGGGAUUAUGGGGCCUAUUGCAAUGGUUUCUCUUGUUAAUGCUAGGACGUGUGAAACUCUCAGCAACACGUUCCACGGAAUUUGCUUGAGCGAUAGAAACUGUGAAUCUGUAUGCGAUACUGAGGGUUUCACUGGAGGUGACUGCCGUGGCUUUCGCCGUAGAUGCUUCUGCACUCGACAGUGUUAG